GAAGAAGAAGAAGAAAGAUGGCGAUCUUCAGUGUGUAUGUUGUCAAUAAGGCUGGCGGACUCAUUUACCAGUAUGAUAAUUAUGUGCCAAGGGCUGAAGUGGAGAAAACCUUCAGCUUUCCUCUUGAUUUAGUAUUAAAGAUACAUGAUGAGAAAGUCGUUGUUUCAUUCGGUCAGCGGGAUGGCAUCAGGGUGGGUCAUGCGGUUAUGUCAAUUAACGGGGUGGAUGUAAAUGGUAAAUACACUGCGGAAGGCAAGGACAUACAAGAGUAUCUGAAAGAUCCCGCAAACUAUCCGGUGUCCAUCAGAUUCGGCAGACCUCGACUCUCCUCCAAUGAGAAACUCAUGCUGGCGUCAAUGUUUCACUCACUGUUUGCCAUUGGAUCACAGUUAUCACCUGAGGUUGGCAGCUCUGGUAUUGAAAUGCUGGAGACAGAUGUGUUUAAACUGCACUGCUUUCAGACACUCACAGGUAUAAAGUUCAUUGUAUUGGCAGACCCUCGGCAGUCUGGUAUUGAUGUUCUCUUAAGAAAGAUUUAUGAAAUCUACUCAGACUUUGCAUUGAAGAAUCCUUUCUACUCUUUAGAGAUGCCUAUCAGAUGUGAGCUUUUCGACCAAAAUCUGAAGAGUGCCCUGGAAAUAGCAGAGAAAGCUGGUACAUUUGGACCAGGCUCCUGAACUGGACCUGCAUUAAGUAUUUUCAUCUGUCUGAUGGGAUUUCUAGAAUUUCUUCUAUCAAACUUGUCCUGAAAAAAUGGCUGAAUUGCUGGCAUAAGCAUAAUGCUUACUGUUAAGAUUUAAGGUCAAAGAAGUGAAUGGAGUUUAAAGGCCACAAUGACAGUUUAUUUUUUACAUUCAUUCACUUUCUUUUCAAGUAUGAUAAAUCCCAAAUUUGCAGUGAGAAAAAAUAUUUGAUGAACCCAUUGUAAAUAAUGUAUAUGGACACAGUUUAAGUUGUUUAUAAUGUAAACUGUAAAUGAGCUCCUAUGCAGAAUGUCUAAACGAGCAACUUGGAAUUUGGCUACAUAAUGUAUUGUUUAUAUAAAUGUCAUGUUUACUGGCAUCUAUCCAAAUGUAACGUAUAUGGAAUUUGUUUUCGUUAAGCGGAAUAUGAUGAUAUGUGGUAUGGAGUUUUGAAGUACAUUGUACCACAUGGCCGAUUCUAAAAUGUAGAUAUUUCUGACAUCCCCCUCUCAGUCCAUGAAAAGACAACCCAUUUCCCACCCUUAAGUUCAAAAUCACCCCCAAAAAUUGCAUCUUAGCACCGGCCAUGCUGUACCAGUCUCUUUAGUUUGAGUAAAAUUUAAAAGUGGCUAAAAAUUCAAAUAAAUGUCAAACAGGGCAAUCAUAUAAUGAACAUGCAAACAAGUACAGCAUAAUGUGAGUCUUGCCAUUUUUUUUUAUUUAUAUAAACUCAUUUAAAUGUACUAUUAAACAGUCAUGUGAUAUAACACAAGGUUACGUAUUUCAUCAUAGACUUUUAUGAAUUUGUAAUGCCACACAGAUACAGAGGUAGGACUAGUUAAAGAUCUGAAAGUGAUGACGAAAUACAUUUUGUUUCUAGCUAAUUUAAGGCAGUUUGUUAAUACCACUGAGGAAAUGGUGUUCCCAUACCUUAAUAAACAGUAAAUUGUACCAUUUUGCAAUGUAAGUGUAUAGAGAUCAGAACCGUUCUAAAUACUGCCAUCCAUUUUAAAGAUGAAUACAGAAUAAAUAACAAAAUUUGCUUAUGAAAGCAAUGUUCACAACAUGGUAUCCUAUUUUGCACAUUGGUAAAGAUAAAAUGGAAAGUCUUGAAAGUGGAUUUUCAGAUAUCUAUAAAAAGAUAUCAAGUGAUACUGGUAUUGCACAUGUUUCAUAUGCAAAGGGAAAGUCCUGGAAAAGGUGCUGAUGUAACUUGCAGUUGUCAAUGGUAGUAGUGCAAAAGCCUUCAAACAAUGAAAGUCCUUUUUUUCACUUCUAUUGUGAAUCCAUUCAUAUUAUACAGACUUUAUGGGUUGUGCCAUUGGUAUAUUAAAAAGUAGUUUA